AUGCCCGGAACGCCACAGAAGAACAAGAGGUCUGCGAGUAUAUCUGUUUCACCUGCGAAGAAGACAGAGGAAAAAGAAAUAAUACAAAAUGAUUCAAAGGCGAUAUUAUCUAAGCAAACUAAGAGGAAAAAAAAGUAUGCUUUUGCUCCUAUAAAUAACUUAAAUGGGAAGAACACCAAGGUAUCCAAUGCAAGUGUCCUAAAGUCAAUAGCCGUUUCACAAGUACGAAAUACAUCAAGAACAAAAGAUAUAAACAAAGCAGUUAGCAAGAGCGUAAAGCAAUUACCAAAUUCACAAGUUAAACCGAAACGGGAAAUGUCUAAUUUGAGUAGGCAUCACGAUUUCACUCAAGACGAGGACGGCCCCAUGGAAGAAGUAAUAUGGAAAUAUUCACCUUUACAACGAGAUAUGUCCGACAAAACAACAAGCGCUGCCGAAUACUCUGAUGACUACGAAGAUGUCCAAAAUCCCUCUUCUACACCUAUAGUCCCUAAUCGACUGAAAACUGUUCUUAGUUUCACAAAUAUCCAAGUACCCAACGCUGACGUAAAUCAACUCAUUCAAGAAAAUGGAAAUGAGCAAGUGCGUCCUAAACCAGCAGAAAUAUCUACCAGGGAGUCUCUCCGUAAUAUAGAUGAUAUUCUCGAUGAUAUAGAGGGCGAUUUAACUAUAAAACCGACGAUAACGAAAUUCAGCGAUUUGCCAUCUUCACCCAUCAAGGCACCCAACGUUGAAAAAAAAGCAGAGGUGAAUGCAGAAGAAGUAGAUAAAAUGGAUUCAACAGGAGAUAGCAACGAUGGCGAUGACUCUUUGAUAGAUAUUUUAACUCAAAAGUAUGUUGAGAAACGCAAGAGUGAGAGUCAGAUAACAAUUCAAGGCAACACCAAUCAAAAAAGUGGAGCCCAGGAAAGUUGUGGGAAGAAUGAUAACACAAAAUCGAGAGGAGAAAUUGAAGAUCAUGAAAAUGUAGACAAUCAAGCCAAAACAGGCAAUGCAUUUUAUGAGAAUGAAGAAGACAGUAAUUGCCAAAGAAUUAAAAAAAAUGAAAAAAUAGAAUACAAUUCUUCAGACGAAUUUUCAGACGAUUCACUAAUUGAACUAUUGAACGAAACUCAAACACAAGUGGAACCUAACACUAUUGAACAAGAUUUAGACAAAGUGGAGAAAAUGGUCUCUGACGAUUUGAGAAUUGCUACUGAUUCCACUUUAUCCGCAUAUGCUCUCAGAGCUAAGUCUGGUGCUCCAAGAGACGGCGUAGUACGAUUAGUAAUAGUAAGCUUACGUAGUGUUGAAUUGCCAAAAAUUGGAACGCAAAAAAUACUAGAGUGUAUAGACGGCAAAGGCGAACAAAGUUCUGUUGUCGUUCGACAUCCUUGGGUAUAUUUGGAAUUUGAGGUUGGGGAUGUAAUACAUAUUAUAGAAGGGAAAAAUAUUGAAAACAAACGGCUUCUUUCUGACGACAAAAACCCUAAAACUCAACUGGCUAACGACAACCUGUUGGUGCUAAACCCUGAUGUAUUAUUUUCGGCAACAUCAGUCGGAAGUUCAGUAGGUUGUUUAAGACGUUCAAUUCUGCAAAUGCAAUUUCAAGAUCCCCGCGGAGAACCAAGCCUUGUCAUGACUUUAGGCAAUAUCGUACACGAGUUAUUGCAAGACUCAAUCAAAUACAAGCUCUCGCAUAAUAAAAUUUCUAUGGAAAUCAUAAUACAAAAGCUGGAUUCUUUGUUAGAAACUUAUUCUUUUUCAAUUAUCAUUUGUAAUGAAGAAAUCCAGUACGUUAAAGAAUUAGUUAUGAAAGAACAUGCUGAAAACAUUUUGUACUUCGUCAAUAAAUUUGUUUCGAAAAGUAACUAUGGUUGCUACACAUCAAUUUCCGGAACAAGAAGAACACAGCCAAUUUCUAUAUCCAAUGUGAUUGAUAUUGAAGAAAACAUUUGGUCUCCAAUAUAUGGUCUUAAAGGGUUCCUAGAUGCAACUGUUGAAGCUAAUGUUGAAAACAAUAAAAAACACAUCGUUCCUUUAGAAGUGAAAACUGGAAAAUCCAGAAGCGUUUCAUACGAGGUUCAAGGCCUUAUUUAUACACUUCUGUUAAAUGAUCGCUAUGAGAUACCGAUAGAGUUUUUUCUUCUUUAUUUUACGAGGGAUAAAAAUAUGACAAAGUUCCCUUCUGUUCUGCACUCCAUUAAACAUAUUCUCAUGUCCCGAAAUAGAAUGAGUAUGAAUUUUAAGCAUCAACUCCAAGAGGUUUUCGGACAGGCUCAAUCAAGGUUUGAAUUACCACCCUUACUGCGCGAUUCAUCUUGUGAUUCAUGUUUCAUCAAAGAAUCAUGCAUGGUGUUGAAUAAGCUACUAGAGGACGGGACACCAGAAGAAAGUGGCCUGGUAGAAGGUGAGUUUGAAAUUUUGACAAACCAUUUGUCGCAAAAUCUCGCCAACUACAAAGAGUUUUUUACAAAAUAUAAUGAUCUAAUAACUAAGGAGGAGUCAAGUAUAACAUGUGUAAAUAAAGAACUUUUCUUAUUGGAUGGUUCCACAAGAGAAUCCAGAAGUGGAAGGUGCCUUUCUGGCUUGGUUGUGUCAGAGGUGGUUGAACAUGAAAAAACAGAGGGAGCGUAUAUAUAUUGCUUCUCAAGACGUAGAAAUGAUAAUAACUCGCAGUCGAUGUUAUCAUCUCAAAUUGCUGCUAAUGACUUUGUUAUUAUUAGUGAUGAGGAGGGUCAUUUUUGCUUGUGCCAAGGUCGUGUACAAUUUAUAAAUCCCGCUAAAAUUGGUAUCUCCGUAAAACGAAAGUUAUUAAACAAUAGGCUUCUAGAUAAGGAAAAAGGAGUCACUACCAUCCAAAGUGUGGUCGAAUCAGAGCUAGAACAAUCCAGUCUCAUAGCUACCCAAAAUUUGGUCACAUAUAGAAUCGACAAAAAUGAUAUCCAACAGAGUUUGUCUUUAGCGCGAUUUAAUCUUUUAAGCUUGUUUUUACCAGCUGUUUCACCUGGCGUGGAUAUUGUUGACGAAAGGAGUAAAUUAUGUCGGAAGACAAAGAGAUCUGAUGGAGGUAAUGAAAUACUGCGAUCACUUUUAGUUGAUAAUAGAGCACCUAAGUUUAGAGAUGCAAAUGAUGAUCCCGUCAUUCCGUAUAAGCUUUCAAAGGAUACAACAUUGAACUUGAAUCAAAAAGAAGCAAUAGACAAAGUAAUGAGGGCCGAAGAUUAUGCAUUGAUAUUGGGAAUGCCAGGGACUGGUAAGACUACUGUUAUCGCAGAAAUUAUUAAAAUUCUCGUUUCCGAGGGGAAACGCGUGCUUUUGACAUCAUACACACAUUCAGCAGUGGAUAAUAUUUUAAUAAAAUUGAGGAACACCAACAUUAGCAUAAUGAGAUUGGGAAUGAAACAUAAGGUCCAUCCUGACACGCAAAAAUAUGUCCCGAAUUACGCGUCAGUGAAAAGUUAUAACGAUUAUUUGUCCAAAAUUAACAGCACCUCUGUUGUUGCUACCACCUGCUUAGGAAUUAACGAUAUACUAUUUACACUAAAUGAAAAGGAUUUUGAUUAUGUGAUUUUGGACGAGGCAAGUCAAAUUUCAAUGCCUGUCGCUUUGGGACCUCUGCGGUAUGGAAAUAGGUUUAUUAUGGUAGGAGAUCAUUACCAGCUACCGCCAUUAGUUAAAAAUGACGCAGCUCGAUUAGGUGGGUUAGAAGAGUCACUGUUCAAGACUUUCUGUGAAAAGCAUCCGGAAAGCGUUGCAGAACUGACUUUACAGUACCGUAUGUGCGGCGAUAUUGUAACUUUGUCUAAUUUCCUAAUUUAUGAUAAUAAAUUAAAAUGCGGGAAUAACGAAGUUUUUGCUCAAUCUUUAGAGUUACCAAUGCCUGAGGCCUUGUCGCGCUAUAGGAAUGAAUCGGCUAACUCUAAGCAGUGGCUUGAGGAUAUACUAGAGCCUACAAGAAAAGUGGUAUUUUUAAAUUACGAUAACUGCCCGGAUAUUAUCGAACAAAGCGAAAAGGAUAACAUUACGAAUCACGGGGAGGCAGAAUUGACUCUACAAUGUGUGGAAGGAAUGUUAUUGAGCGGCGUACCAUGCGAAGAUAUUGGUGUAAUGACGUUAUACAGAGCACAGUUAAGAUUACUGAAGAAGAUAUUCAACAAAAAUGUGUAUGACGGGCUAGAGAUCUUGACUGCUGAUCAGUUUCAAGGUCGUGACAAAAAGUGCAUUAUUAUUUCCAUGGUUAGAAGAAAUUCUCAAUUAAAUGGAGGAGCGCUGCUGAAAGAGCUAAGAAGAGUCAAUGUUGCCAUGACAAGGGCCAAAUCCAAGCUGAUCAUUAUAGGUUCAAAAAGUACAAUCGGCUCUGUUCCUGAAAUAAAAUCGUUCGUGAACCUGUUAGAAGAGCGUAAUUGGGUCUAUACAAUGUGCAAGGAUGCACUCUACAAAUACAAAUUUCCCGACAGAUCAAACGCUAUUGAUGAGGCACGCAAAGGUUGUGGAAAAAGAACAGGUGCCAAACCCAUCACAUCAAAGUCUAAAUUCGUAAGCGAUAAACCUAUCAUAAAGGAAAUUCUACAAGAGUAUGAAAGUUGA